AUGGGAAAGGAUGCUUUGUAUUCAUAUCUAUCUCCCAUAGCAGAUGAGGAGCAAGGGAAGUUCAGGGAUCCGAGAGGGCUGUCUAUGGGGUCUAUGGAUGAGAAGAUGAGAAAAAUCAAUGAGGAAUUCAAGGCCAGAGCCUGUGUUGGAAACGGAUUUGUGUUCAAUAAAAAUGUCAAGUUAGAGUCUCCUGCAAGCUAUUUUGGCAAGUGCACAGAUCCUUCCGAUGCAAAAGAGCCAGCAAAUGGCAGCCUGAAAGGUCGGAAAGAUGUUGGAGAUGUAAAUAGCCUGAAGUCAAAGGAUGGAUUUAUUGGAGGUGUGAUACCAUGGAAAGUGAAUUCCUCAGGUGCCGUAGGGAGAGGCAUGGACCAUAGAGACGUGUACAGGGGGUCGGUAGUUGGGUUGGACCUCUACAAAAAGCCCUCCAUAGAUUUCACGUCCUAUACUAAGCAAAAGGGCAGUGGAAUGAACUCUAAGAUGGGGUAUGUAAAAUCCAUGGCAAGCAGCUCUAUUUUCAACAGGAACUCGUCUUUCAAUUAUGGAAGCCCUGCAAAAGAAAGGAAUACCGUCUCGCCAUGUCUAUAUACCAAGAGGAAAGAGCAAGUGGAUACGAACUCUUCUCCGUCCAGAUCUGUAUUUAGUAAUCCGUUAUCAAACCAUAAGGCCUCUAGCUCGUCCCUCAAGACUUCGUCUCAGGCAUCCAAUUCUUUUCUGUGCAAUAACACAAGCGGAUCACCGGCUUUUGCUCCUAUCGAUGUGAUGUAUGUGAAAACACCAAAGCCCAAGGACAUGGCAGAAGAUGUGGAGUGUGAUUCUAGUGAGCAGCCACGUGCUCGGGCUGGUUCUUGCAACACUUCAAUGGCUUCAAAUCUUUAUGCUCCUGGAAGGAAACUAACAAUCUGUCCAAACAUCAAAAUAUCAAACACCGUGCUGUGCUACGAAAAUUCAAGAGAGACGACUAAGUACUACAUCACGGUUGAGUCAGAUGUUAGCUGGAUGAUAUGUAAACCCAUCGGAGAUAUCGCCACACUUAUCCCUAGCAUUCAAUGUACAACGUUAUCAAAUGCAAUGUCCCCACAGGACAGAAGGGCAAGAGACAGGAUGAUACAGGUGACGUUGAAUUCUGGGAUCACGGACAAGCAACUUCAGUCGUUCAUUCUCUCAGAUAUUUCAAGUGACCAGGUGUUUAGGUCUUCGUAUCUGCUGAUGUAUAAUGAGGGAUGGAAGGCUUAUCUCUUCAAGUUUGUUGGGAAGGCACUCAUAUGUUACGAGAAAAGUAGGGUCUUUAAGAUUCUCCUUCUCAGUGGAUGCAACGUCCUACCCUUGGGUCAUACAGGCUUUUGCCUUGAGAAGUCCGGAGAAGGAAUAGAACUAUACACCACCUGUGAGAAAGAAAGAGAUGCAUGGAUCUCAGACAUAAAAGAAUACAUUGGUAAACUCUAG